UAUUUAUAAUCUGGUACUGUUUCCGAUGCCGCCACCAAGCGCCAAGCCAAUUUAAGUCGGUUUUUAAUAAAAAGCUUAGUUAACAAGUAAAACUGGUAAACAUUCUAACUUUAUUUUACGGGUUUUGUGGUAACAUUUGUAAGAAAUUGGAAGUUCUCAACUAUUCCAUCAUCUUUUACUAGUUGUACUAUAACCACAAAUCACAAAAUGACGAUGGAUAUUCGACCAAAUCACACUAUUUACAUAAACAAUCUGAAUGAAAAAAUAAAAAAGGAUGAACUCAAAAAAUCCUUAUAUGCAAUAUUCUCACAGUUUGGUCAAAUAUUAGACAUAGUUGCUAUGAAAACACUAAAGAUGAGAGGUCAAGCGUUUGUUAUAUUUAAAGAAAUAGGUAGUGCCACUGUUGCAUUGAGAAGUAUGCAAGGAUUCCCUUUCUAUGAUAAACCUAUGAGAAUUCAGUACUGUAAAACAGAUAGUGAUAUUAUUGCAAAAGUCAAGGGCACCUUCCAAGAGAGGCCAAAGCGUCCCAAAGUACCUAGAAGUACAGAGGAUGGUAAAAAGAAGAAAAACAAGGAUGCAAGUCGUGGGGUUAUACCUGGCUUCGGUCAACCCAAUAUGAUUAACAAUGUUAAUGCAGAACAACCUCCCAACCAAAUUCUUUUCCUAACAAACUUACCUGAUGAAACAUCUGAAAUGAUGUUGUCUAUGCUUUUCAAUCAAUUUCCUGGUUUUAAAGAAGUCCGUCUUGUGCCAAACCGGCAUGAUAUUGCAUUUGUAGAAUUCUCUAAUGAAAUGCAAUCUGCAGCCGCCAAAGAAGCUCUGCAAGGAUUCAAAAUAACACCAACACAUGCAAUGAAGAUAACAUUUGCAAAGAAAUAGUGUUUACUUUAUAUUUUAAAUAAAAACUUUGUUUUUAAGAACUGUUUUGAGCAUUGCACUACGCCUAAACAGCUCUUCUGCUGUGAUAUUAUUUCUAAGGA